AUGUGGUUCAGCAAUCGAGCCCUGCCUUUGACCACCCUUCUCCUCUCUGCACCCUCGUUAACCGCCGCUUUCUACCUGCCCGGUGUCGCACCGACCUCGUACGAUGAGGGCCAAGCGGUGCCGCUCUACGUGAACCACAUCACCCCGGGUCUUGCGCAGCAGGAUGAGCAAUUACACUCCGUUUUCUCCUACGACUAUUACCACCCGGCCUUCAAGUUCUGCGCCCCCGAGGGAGGACCGAAGGAUGCACGGGAAUCAUUAGGGUCCAUUCUGUUCGGGGACCGCAUCCAGACGUCACCGCUGCAGCUGCACAUGGGCAAGAACGAGACCUGCAAGGCGAUCUGCGGCACGACCACGUUCGACGCUCGCAGUGCGAAGUUCGUCAACCGGAGGAUAGAGCAAGGGUACAACAUCAACUGGCUGGUCGACGGUCUUCCGGGAGCCCAGAUCAACAUCGAAGGCGUGACCCAGGACAAGUUCUACAGCCCGGGCUUUGCGCUCGGCUCCCUCAACGAUGACGGACUCCCGGUCUUGAACAACCACUUUGAGAUACUGAUCGACUACCACCGGGUCGGAUCCGGGGCUCAGGACAAGUACCGGGUCGUCGGUGUGCUUGUGCAGCCGGAGUCUCGGCGUAAUGCGGCGGUUCUGGAGGAUGGCACCGCGCAUUGCGAAAGUGACGGCACUGGCGUUCUUCUGAACGAGGAAGGGGAAACCAAUGUGGCCUGGACCUACAGUGUCUACUGGCGUGAGUCGUCCACCCCGUGGGCCACCCGCUGGGAUAAGUACCUGCACGUUUACGACCCGAAGAUCCACUGGUUCUCUCUCAUCAACUCUGCUGUCUUCGUCGUGUUCCUAGUGGGUAUGGUGAGCAUGAUCCUCAUCCGGGCGCUGAAGAAGGACAUUGCUCGUUAUAACAGACUCGACAUGAUCAACUUGGAUGAUUUCAACAGCACAUCGGCAGCGGUGGAGGACGGCAUCCAGGAAGAUUCGGGCUGGAAGUUGGUACACGGCGAUGUGUUCCGGUGUCCCAAAGCCCCCCUGUUGCUGAGUGUGCUUGUGGGCAAUGGUGCUCAGCUUUUCAUGAUGACUGGUGUCACCGUUGUGUUCGCCCUCUUCGGUCUCCUUUCCCCUGCCAACCGUGGCUUCCUCGCAACUGCCAUCCUCAUCAUCUACACGCUGUUUGGCUUUAUUGGAGGUUAUGUCUCGGCUCGUGUGUACAAGUCUCUGGGUGGAGACGCCUGGAAGCGCAACAUCAUUAUGACUCCCGUCAUCGUUCCGGCCCUCAUCUUUGGCACAUUCUUCCUGCUCAACCUGUUUGUCUGGGCUAAGGGCUCCAGUGGGGCUGUGCCCUUCACGACCAUGCUUGCCCUGGUAUUGAUCUGGUUUGCCAUCAGCGUGCCACUGAGUGUGGCGGGUAGCUGGCUAGGAUUCAAGCAACAGGCGAUUGAGGGUCCAACCAAGACCAACCAGAUUCCCCGCCAAGUGCCCCCGAUGACCGGCACUCUCCGCACGAUUCCAUCGCUCCUGCUGACGGGUAUUCUUCCCUUCGGGGCUAUCUUUGUGGAGCUCUAUUUCAUCAUGACCUCGCUCUGGACCAACAAGAUCUACUACAUGUUCGGCUUCCUGUUCCUUUGCUACGGGUUGAUGGUCAUCACCUCGGCUGCCACGACCGUUCUAUUGGUCUACUUUUUGCUGUGUGCAGAGAACUACCGGUGGCACUGGCGGGCGUUUGCGGGGGCCGGAAUGACCGGAGUGUAUGUGUUCCUGAACGCGCUGCUGUUCUGGAUCACCCGGGUCAGUUUUGGUGGUCCCACCGGUGCUGUUCUUUACAUUGGCUAUUCCGCCCUGAUCGGAUUUGUGGUCUUUAUUCUGACGGGCUCGAUUGGAUUCUUCGCCAGCUGGACGUUUGUGCAGCGCAUCUACGGCUCGAUCAAGGUCGACUAA